AUGCGAACUGAAUCUAUUUCCUAUGAAAAAGAAAUGGACAUUAUUAAAAAAAGAGAAUCCAGAAAAGAAAGAUCAAAAUUUGAAGAUAUUAUGUAUUUAUCAUAUUUAUAUAUUAAUAGAGAAGAAAAUGAAAAUUAGAAAAUGACAUGUUACGAAAGUACUCGAAAUUGUUUAGGUUCAUGUUUUGGAACACUAAGAGCAUGGAUUCCAUGUUGUUUUUGUUGUUGUCCCUAUCCAUAUUAUCUUAUUACUUAAGGUUAAAAAGGUUUACUACAAAAAUUUGGUAAGUACUAAAAAACCUUAGGACCUGGUCUACAUGAAAUAAAUCCGUAUUGCUUUUAUUCAUUAUUUUUAGAUUCACUGAAAGAGUAAUCCCUGUUAGCACUAAAACAUUGUAUCAUAUUAAAAUUAUAAUUCAGUAUCAUUGAUUUAGAAAGAUAGCUUGUCUUAACCAAAGAUAAUAUAACUGUCAAUAUUGAUACCAUUGUUUAUUAUAGAGUUAUUGAUGUUAUGAAGUCUGCUUAUAGAGUUAAAAUGAUUGUUGAAGCUGUCAAAGAAAUAACUUAUGCUGUAAAUAAUAAUAUAUCUCUAUUCUAUUAGACUUUACGUACAAUCUGUGGAGAACACACAUUAUAAGAGAUUAUUGAAAAUAGAUAGAAAAUUGCUGAUGAAAUUGAAUCAUUUGUUUUUGAUGUUGUUUCUGAAUGGGGUAUAUUUAUUUACUAUUAUUAUUAAGGUAUUUAUUUGGAGCAUAUUUUUAUUAAGGAUAUGCUAAUGAGUGAAGAAUUAUAAAACUCAUUAUCUAAUGCUCCAAAAGCAUAAAGACUUGCUUAAUCUAAAGUCAUUUCAGCUUAAGUAUUUUAUUAGAUCAUAUUUUAUAGAGUGAUGUAGCUGCUGCUAAAUUAAUGAGAGAAGCUGCAGAUAUGUUAGAUUCAAGAGCUGCUAUGUAGAUUAGAUAUUUUGAAACUGUUUAAUAGAUUGCUAAAAAUCACAAUCACAAAAUUCUUUUUCUAUCUAUGGAUUAAUAAAAUCAAAAAAAAUGA